UUCCCCCCAAACCAAACCAAACUAAAACCAAACGCCAAACGCAAACGCAAACCAACAGCUCGUCAUACUCGCUGCGGUACGUGAGUCGCUCGUUCGUUUAUUCGCCUCGCUCGUGUUUUUAGUUUGGCUUUGAAGCAAAGCGUGUUUGCUCAGCAGCAGCCGCUCUACAAUUUUAAACGCCAGCUUACAAUACUUUUGGAUUAACCUGGGCCCAGCAGCAGCAGCAUUAAUUGGCAAUUAAGGAAGUAAUUUGCUGGCCGAGCAAUUGUUGUUGUUGCUGUCUUCGUUGCAAGAUCAUCAGAGCAGCAGCGCCAUGCAGGCAGCCACAUGAAACGUUGGCUGUUGAAGCGUCAACAGCAAUUGCCAUAAUUGCCAUUGGAGCAGCAGCAGCAACCGGCAAGGAGUGCUGCGCGUACUGAAACUUGCCACACGAGCUAAGCCGUGGCAGGCACUGAAACUGAAUUUGUAGCAGCGUGCAGCGCCGGAAAAUCCCAAACGCCGAAAAAAACAACAGCACAGAUAAAAAUAAAACUAAAUAAAUAAAAAGCAAUACAAACCAGUGUAGUGGGAUCAAUGAACGCGACACGCAGCUGCCAGCAACAACAACAACAACAGCAAUCAGCAAGAGCAACAGCAACAGCAACAGCAAGGGGCAGUGUUGCAUAGAAGCCACGUUCAAGUUCAAAAUCGCCAUAAAAACAACAACAACAGCAAGCAGGAAGUUGCAGCUGCAGCUUAAUUAGGCGUCAGUGUCAUUACCACCGCAGCAACCACAACAACAACAACAACAACAACACACGCAACAUAACGCUCAAUGUAAAAUGUUAGCAACAAAUAACAAGCACAGUAAAAACAACAACAAUAAGCAGCACAGCAAAUGGCCACACAGUAGACUUAAGCUGCAGCUCAGUCUGUUCAUCAGCUGCUGCUGCGUCUGCCUGCACGCCGCCCACGCAACCGCGCCCACUUCGACUGUGGCCAGCGCACUGCUCACCGGCCAGCAGCUGGCGCCUUGGCAAGCGACAAGUGCAGCCACCAGCGCGCCCACUGCGCGCAAUCUCUAUGCGCCUUAUCAGCGCUUCAGCCGCCAGGACGAUGUUAGCUUUAAGGAUGUGCGCCAGCGUCAGGAUGGCAGCAUUGUGCAGUCCUUUGGCAGCUAUCGCAGUGCGCGUCAGUCGUCGCCGUCAGCGCAGCGUCGCAGCGAUGUGGAAAUUGUACCCGCGCCCUCAGUGGAGCUGCCGCAAAGCGAGCUGAUUACCAUACCCAAGCAGCUGGUGCCGACGCUGCCGGAGAAUGUUACGCGCCAGGGACGCAAGCGCAACUACAUGUACAUACCGCUGAGCUCUGACGCCGAGGCAAGCAGCAGCAACGCUUUGCUGCAGCUGCGUCCCAGUCGCAAUGCCAGUUUGUCCGCGCUUGGUCCACCAGCUGCAAGUGUUGCUGCUGUCGCGCAAGAAUUUGCUGCUGAGCUUAGCGCAGCGCUGCCUACGGAACGCACUGAGCGCAGCGAUCUGCUGGCCAGCGCCAGCUCCACGGAUUAUGCUGAGCCGGAGCACACAAGUCGUCGCGUGGGCUUUCAGUUUCCCAGCUACAGCUUGAAGCCAGCCAAUCCGUUCUAUCCACAAGCCUAUCGCGAGGACAGUCCCAUCUUCGAUGACUCUGAGUCUGCCUUUGCGGAUGAGCCUGCGCCCACGCCCACGCAGUUUGAGCACGAGUCACGCCACACGCGUCAGCUGUACUUUGACUCUGAGGUUUCACCUUCAAGCUUUGAGUUUCCUGGCCUGGUAGCCAACUCCAAGCCGCAUACGCUCAAUGCUGCCAUUGCAGCGGGCAAACAUUAUCGUGACGAUGUCACCAAGUUUGGCGAUAUCAAUGGACCCAUUACUGCUUUACCGCAGCGUCUGCAGCGUGGUCUCUACUUUGGCGACACUGAAUUCCGCACCGGGCCCAGUCCCAUGCGUCAGUUUGGACCACAGAAAGUAUUCAAUGAGUAUGUAGCGCCUGGUGACUAUCAAAGCUCGCGCAAGAGUCGCUACUUUCCGUACAAAUCUUCGCGCAGUCCGCGUGUUGUCUUUCCCAGCAAUGAUAAUGUGGGCACCACAGGUCCCAGUGGUAACGCAGGCAGCGCGCCCUCCGGCAAUGGCGUCUACUUUAGCGAUAAUAUUGCAUUCAGAGAUCAAAACUUUGGCAUCAAUGAGUUGGCUGCUGUGCAGGAUGUGCGCAAUGAUUACAGUCUGCAGGAUUUGGACAGCGCCUCGGAGGCCACCAGUAGUCCACAAUCAGCCAGCACGUUUAAGGAGAAAGGUUGCGGCAUCUCAUUGGCCAAGCAGACAGCGCAGCGUCGCAUUGUGGGUGGCGAUGAUGCGGGCUUUGGCUCGUUUCCAUGGCAGGCAUACAUACGCAUUGGAUCAUCCAGAUGUGGCGGCUCCUUGAUAUCGCGUCGUCAUGUGGUAACCGCUGGUCAUUGUGUGGCACGUGCAACGCCGCGUCAGGUGCAUGUUACGCUGGGCGACUAUGUCAUCAACUCCGCCGUCGAGCCGCUGCCCGCCUACACCUUUGGCGUGCGUCGCAUUGAUGUGCAUCCGUAUUUCAAAUUUACACCGCAGGCAGAUCGCUUCGAUGUCUCUGUGCUAACGCUGGAGCGCACUGUGCACUUUAUGCCGCACAUAGCGCCCAUUUGCUUGCCCGAGAAGAAUGAAGAUUUCCUAGGCAAAUACGGCUGGGCAGCUGGCUGGGGUGCGUUGAAUCCUGGCUCGCGUUUGCGUCCCAAGACUUUGCAGGCUGUGGAUGUGCCGGUUAUAGAGAAUCGCAUAUGCGAGCGCUGGCAUAGACAGAACGGCAUCAAUGUUGUUAUCUAUCAGGAGAUGCUGUGCGCUGGCUACAGAAACGGCGGCAAGGACUCGUGCCAAGGCGACUCGGGCGGACCUUUGAUGCAUGAAAAGAAUGGACGCUGGUAUCUCAUUGGAGUAGUCUCGGCUGGUUACUCCUGCGCCUCGCGUGGUCAGCCUGGCAUCUAUCAUCGUCUGGCCUAUACUGUGGACUGGAUUUCCUAUGUGAAAUUCAUGCUGCUGAUCUGCAACAUCUUUGAACAGCAGCUCAAUGUCGCCUUCCAUGUGUAUGACCAGCAUGGAGCUGGAGAUAAUAACAGUGGAUAUGAUAAUGCCCAGCCAGCCUACAAUAAUGGCAUUUCGCCGCUGGAGAACCUCGUCGAUUACAGCAAACUCAAAAUGAGCCUGAGCUUGCCAAAGCGCAUUAUGCUGCGGCGGCGCGACGAUAAUGAGCUGCUGGCUGUUAAGCCCGAGUGCGGUCUGGCGCGCAGCUCACAGAAUACGCUGCAGAAGCGCAUCAUUGGCGGUCGUCCGGCGCAGUUCGCCGAGUAUCCAUGGCUGGCGCACAUACGCAUUGCAGAGUAUCAGUGCGGCGGUGUGCUGAUCUCGGCGAAUAUGGUCGCGACGGCUGCGCAUUGCAUACAGCAGGCGCAGCUGGCUGACAUAACGGUGUAUCUGGGUGAGCUGGACACACAGAAUCUGGGGCACAUACAUGAGCCGCUGCCCGUGGAGAAGCACAGCGUACUCCAGAAGAUUAUCCAUCCGCGCUUCAACUUUCGCAUUACACAACCCGAUCGCUAUGAUCUGGCGCUGCUUAAGCUGGCGCGUCCCACCGCGUUCAGUGAGCACAUCUUGCCCAUUUGCCUGCCACAGUAUCCGCUGCGUUUGGUGGGGCGCAAGGGCCUCAUCGCUGGCUGGGGCAAGACCGAGGCGCACAUGGGCCAUGCGGGCACCAAUAUGCUGCAGGUGGCCAGCGUGCCCAUCAUUUCUACAUUGGAAUGCAUUCGCUGGCAUGAGAGCAAGCAGAUUAAUGUGGAAAUCAAGUCAGAGAUGUUUUGCGCCGGUCACUCGGACGGCCAUAUGGAUGCUUGUUUAGGCGACUCUGGUGGUCCAUUGGUAAUCAAGGAGCGUGGCCGCUUUGUGCUCGUGGGCAUUACCAGCGCCGGCUUUGGCUGCGGCGUCGAUCAUCAGCCCGGCAUCUAUCACAAUCUGCAGAAGAGUCUGCACUGGGUGGAGGAUGUGGUGGCACACAAUCAGCUCAGCAGCAGCAGCAGCUAUAACGCUGUUUACAACACUGUCAUAACACCACAGCUGAAGCAGGCGAUCAACAAGGAUUUGCCCAAGCAAGCAAAAUUCUUCGAUGAGCUGGACUUGAUACCGCAGUCGUGCCGCUUUCGUGGCCACAAAUUCGAGUGCGGUCUGUCCAUCUCGUGCGUCUUGGGCGGCGGCAAGCCGCUGGAUCUCUGCUCGGGCGGCAUGAUCUGGUCAUGCUGCGUGGACAAAGAUCUCGAUGCCGAGGAGUCGCCGCAUGCAGCGCCCGUCAACAAUACGAGUGACAUAAUACACUUGCACGACAUAUAUCCCGAUCUGGCGCCCACUGCCAGCAAGCCGCAUCAACAGCAGCAGCAGCAGCAGCAGCAACAUCACAGCAGCAACAACGGCCUGUCGUCGGCCACUGCUACAGCCACACGCCCCGCCUAUCCCAGCCACGCCUACUACAGCACCAAGCGACCAGCAACGCACUACAGCAGCCAUAGCCAGAGCAGCAGCUACAAACCGCUGGCUAGCGCCAGCUCAACGCUGCAUCGUCCCAGCGGGGGCAGCAGCUUGAACAGCUGGGAGCAUGAUAGCAACCACUUGGGCAUAACCAAUCAUUUGGAUAGCUUCUUUGAAGCGGAAGGCCCAGCUGCAGAGACGCCGCAGGCACAGCCCUUUGCUGUGGGCAAUGUGCUGGAUCUGAAUGCGGGUGAGGCGGCGCAAGAAUAUGAAAGCGGUGGCUACAACGAUGCCAGCUAUCGACCCGUUCCUGGCUGCGGCGAAGUUUACUCGCGCUCCAAUCGCAUUGUGGGCGGUCACUCCACUGGCUUUGGCUCGCAUCCCUGGCAGGUGGCGCUUAUCAAGAGCGGCUUUCUCACACGCAAGCUCAGCUGUGGUGGCGCUUUAAUAUCCAAUCGCUGGGUGGUUACUGCUGCUCAUUGCGUAGCUACCACCACCAACUCGAAUAUGAAAAUACGUUUGGGUGAGUGGGAUGUGCGUGCGCAGGAGGAGCGCUUCAAUCAUGAGGAGUACGCCAUAGAGCGCAAGGAGGUGCAUCCACACUACAAUCCCGCUGAUUUUAAGAACGAUGUAGCGUUGAUAAGACUCGAUCGCAAUGUGGUUUACAAGCAACAUAUUAUACCUGUUUGUCUGCCGCCGCCAACAACCAAGUUAACUGGCAAAAUGGCCACUGUAGCAGGCUGGGGACGCACGCGGCAUGGCCAGAGCACAGUGCCCUCGGUGCUGCAGGAGGUGGAUGUGGAAGUCAUUUCCAAUGAUCGCUGCCAGCGCUGGUUUCGCGCUGCCGGCCGCCGUGAGGCUAUACAUGAUGUUUUUCUCUGCGCUGGCUAUAAGGAGGGCGGUCGUGACUCAUGUCAGGGCGACAGUGGUGGGCCGCUUACGCUCACCAUUGAUGGCCGCAAAACGCUCAUUGGUUUGGUCUCUUGGGGCAUUGGCUGCGGUCGCGAGCACUUGCCCGGCGUCUACACCAACAUUCAACACUUUGUGCCGUGGAUCAACAAGGUUAUUGCCAAUGACAACAAUGCGUAGUGCACAUUCGUUGCGAUUUGAUGUUAACGGAUUUAAUUAGCCGGAUUGCAGUGCAUAUUGAGCUGCAGCACCGUUUGCCUGGCCAUGUGAUUCCUCCACGACUCGGGGUUGCUAGUGUUUAAGUCUAAGCCUUUGCAAUUUUAAUAUUUAUUUGUAAACACACACACACACACUCACAUUUGAAAACAAACAUUGGCAGCAUUCUGCUGUUUAGCUUAAGCUUCAUUUAUUUAUUACAUUUAUUUGCAUAGUAUUUUAUUGCUAAUUU